AUAAAUCGGGAGCCCCGACUUGAAACACGUCGGCGUUAUCGGACCCUUUAUGGGUUUGUGCUGCCGUCCACAUCGGCAGCCAGCAGAAACCUGAGUUUCUUCGACCUACACCAAAGCUGGCUCCUCCCACCCUACAAGGCUUGCCACCACUACCUAUCCUAACCUUACCUGCCUAUACUUCCCAGAACUAAGACGGCAUCUCAGUCCCGACGCCGUGGAUGACCCGGACUUCACUUCGCUAAGCCCACCCCGUAACUUCCACCCGCCCUUCCACCCGCCCUUCCACCCGCCUUCCACAGCGGCGCAUCUCACCAUGGGCCGCUCCCCACCGCGCCCCAGCCCCAUCCCCCGCCCCCUCACCCACCUCCGCGGUCUCCUCCUCAUCAUCCCCUGGCUAGCCUACCUCCUCGUCGCCGACAUCAUCCUCUCCCUCCUGCUCCUCCUCAAGCCCUUCCGCCCAGACACCGUCUACGACGCCUCCUCGGCCGUCGCCUGGACCGUCUGGCGCUGGAUCCAGGCCGUCUUCGAGGGCGCCAAUGGCGCCGACGUGGAGGUGUCCGUGUCCGUGUCCAUCCCGGCGACCGGGGGCGACUCCCUGCCGCCCGGCGAGUCGGCCGUCGUCGUCGCCAACCACGUCGGGUGGUGCGACUUCUACAUGAUCCAGGCCCUGGCCAUGCGGUCCGGCAUGCUCGGCCGAUGCAGGUGGUUCGCAAAGGUCCAGCUGCGCCGGGUGCCUUUUCUGGGCUGGGGCCUGUGGGCCAUGGGCAUGCCCAUGGUGAGCAGGAAGUGGAUGAGGGACCGGCUGGAGCUGGAUAGGGUGUUUGGGGGGAUUGUGGAGAGGAGGUGGCCUGUUUGGCUCAUCUCCUUCUCCGAAGCCACGCGCUUCACACCCGCCAAGUACGCCGAAUCGCAGGCCUGGUGCGCCGCCAACUCGCGCCCGCAGCCGCAGCACCUGCUGUACCCGCGCACCAAGGGCUUCGUGGCGACGGUGCAGCACCUGCGCCGCGCCCCGCACGUCAGGGCCGUCUACGACGUGGCCAUCGCCUACGAGCGCGACGGCCAGUGGCACAUCGCCCCAGACAUGUGGGAGACGCUGAGCUUGCCGCACCUGAGCCGGCCGGCUGCCGCCGAGGGAGGCCGGGGAUUCCGCUUCCACGUCCACGUCAGGCGGUUCCCCAUGGAGGAGCUGCCGACCGAUGACGAAGGGCUGGCUACGUGGUUGGAGCAGAGGUGGGUAGAGAAGGGGGAGUGGUUGGAAGCGAAGAGGGUUGAGUGGGCUCAGGAGAAUAGGAAGAAGGAAAGUUGAGGGUGGUCGUGCGUCGCGUGUCGUGUGUCUAU